GCCGACGACGCACACGACGAGAGCAUGAGACUCGUCACGAGGAAAGUGGCAGUUCAGAACCGAAACCCUUCUUCUUCUUCUUCUCCUCCUCCUCCUCCUCCUCUUCUAUUCUAUGGUGGUGACAACAAACCCUAAUGCAAUCCUCACCCUUCCGCGGUGGGACACCAAAAUCCUUACCCUAACCCCAACUCUAACCCUCACCUUCUUCUUCACUCCCUCAAUUUCCCAUGGAGCUUUCCCGAGAAAACCCUAGACCCCUCGCUUUUCCGGUCACCAAGCCCAUGCCCGACCUCACUCCCAAGCCGCCGCCUCCGCCGCCGACCACGACUCCGAUUAUCGACCGCUACAAAGUCCUGCUCAAGCAGCGGGACGACGACCUCAGGGUCUCGCCCGAGGACGACGUGUCGCCGCCGAGCACCGAGGAGAUUGUGCAGCUCUACGAGAUGCUCUUGUCCGAGCUCGUGUUCAAUUCGAAGCCGAUCAUUACCGAUCUCACUAUCAUCGCCGGCGAGCAGCGAGACCACGGCAAGGGCAUCGCCGACGCCAUCUGCGCUCGGAUUCUCGAGGUCCCAGUUGAGCACAAGCUGCCUUCGUUAUAUCUUUUAGACAGUAUUGUAAAGAACAUUGGCCGAGACUAUGUCAGAUACUUCUCUUCCCGUCUACCUGAGGUCUUCUGCGAGGCAUACAGGCAAGUUCACCCCAACCAGCAUUCUGCCAUGCGCCACCUCUUUGGCACUUGGUCGGCAGUGUUUCCACCUUCAGUCCUUCGCAGGAUUGAAGCGCAGCUGCAGUUUUCUCCACAGGUAAACCAGCAAUCAUCAGGUUUACCUCCUUUGAGAGCAUCUGAAUCUCCUCGGCCGGCUCAUGGCAUCCAUGUCAAUCCAAAAUAUUUACGUCAGUUGGAGACCUCAGAUGUGGAUAAUCAGGUUGGACCUCAAAGAUUAAGCUCAACAGGAAAUAUGAGUCAUACAGAUUUUCCUGUUGGGUCCAAUCGUAUACAGCCAUCUUCAACUGUCAGACUUGCAAGAUCUUCUUCACCUUCAAAUAUUGGCCUUGAUGAAUAUGAAGUAGAAAAUUCUCCAAAAAGGUUUGGUGACCGGGCUUCUCCAUCUAAUUCUGUGUAUGAUUAUAGAGCAAUCAGAGAUGAGGAGCCAAAUGAAAGGCGGAGAAAACAUUAUCUUGAUGGUAGUCAGAACCGGUUAAAUAAUGGACUUGAACAUCAAAGACCAAGAGCUUUGAUUGAUGCAUAUGGAAAAGACAGUGGAGAUAGAAGUUUAAAUGAUAAGCCUUUGCAUGUUGGGCGGCUUGGUGUAAAUGGUCUAGAUCACAAAGCAACUUCAAUGUCAUGGCAGAAUACUGAGGAGGAUGAGUUUGAUUGGAAAUCUGUUGGCCCACCUAUAACCGAGCACACUAGGAGUAAUGAUUUCUUGCCUUCAAAUAUACCACCUUCUAGAAGCUACAGGGCCAGCCCUGGCCUCGGAACACUGAAUGCUAGCUCCUUAGAUUCUGAUAUUGGGAGUAGUUGGUCUACUCAGGCAUACCUACCUUCCGAGCAGUCCUCUGUAGUUGCUGAAGAUCCAGCCCCCCCGCUUUCUUUUACUCGUGGAUUCGCGGGUAGAUUCCAGUCCGAGAUAAAUCAUAAUCAGGGUUCUCGCCACCCUCAAGAACCCUGGAAUAUGCCUUUCCAUCCCUCUCAGCAUUCACAGACUCUUCUUAAUUCCAAAGAAAUAGGUAGAAAUUUCCAUAUGCCUGGUAUGUCUCUAGGUGGUGAGAAAGUGUCUACUGAUGCCGAUGUGCGACUUCACGGGCCAACAUCAAGAAUUGGUUCUGGUGCUGACUUUGUUAAUGCUGACUCUCGGUUAGUUAUACCAAUGUCAGUGGGUUUAAGGCCUCCAGUAAACGUGCACAAUUCUCACCCGCCGCCUUUGCACCCUAUUUUUCCAUUGCAAAACCAGAGGAGUCAGUAUGGUUUCAUAAAUUCUGUCGAUACUGCUAAGAAUCAAGGUCCAUAUAAGUCUAUGUAUAUGCCUGAGCAGCAGUUGGACGGUUAUGAAAACAAGGAUUUGGGGUUGGCAAAGCUAAGUCAGUUGACUAGUCAGAAUGCCAGACUCAUACCUGUUAAUCAGCGAAACCAGGCUCAGGUCAGUCCUUUCCAACCACAAUUUCAUCCACAUCAGGAGCCACCUUAUUCAGUGGGACCACGUGGAUACAAUUUGCAAGGGCAGGGUGGUACUGGUAUUGCAAAUCCUGUACCUCGUCUACAGUUGGGCUUACCAACUCACUAUACCCCAAACACUAAUUUGCGUGGGGACUCCUUGCCACCUCUACCACCUGGCCCCCCUCCUCCCAUGCAAGGUGUAUUUCCUGGUCAAAAGGCUGGUCCGGUAGUCUCUAGCAACCAGCAAGGGAGUUCAUAUACUGGUUUGAUUAGUUCUCUAAUGGCUCAAGGUGUGAUCUCAUUGACAAAUCCAAGUGGACUGCAGGAUUCUGUAGGAGUUGAGUUUAAUGCAGACCUUCUUAAGGUACGUCAUGAAUCUGCAAUAACUGCUCUGUAUUAUGAUCUCCCAAGACAAUGCACAACCUGUGGUCUCCGGUUCAAGUGCCAAGAGGAGCACAGUAGUCAUAUGGAUUGGCAUGUGACAAAGAACAGGAUGUCUAAAAACCGUAAGCAGAAGCCCUCUCGUAAGUGGUUUGUAACUACAAGCAUGUGGCUCAGUGGUGCAGAGGCUUUGGGAACUGAUGCAGUUCCUGGCUUUUUACCUGCUGACACCAUUGCGGAAAAGAAGAGUGAUGAAGAAUUGGCUGUUCCUGCUGAUGAGGAUCAAAAUUCAUGCGCGUUAUGUGGAGAGCCUUUUGAUGAUUUUUAUAGUGAUGAGACAGAGGAGUGGAUGUAUAAAGGUGCUGUGUACUUGAAUGCACCUCAUGGGUCAACACCAGACAUGGAUAGGUCACAAUUAGGUCCUAUAGUGCAUGCCAAAUGCAGGCCGGAGUCCACUGAUGUAUCCCCUGGAGGUUUUGGACAAGAUGAAGGGGGAACUAUUGAAGAGGGUAGUCAAAGAAAACGUUUGCGGAGUUGACAUAGUUAGGAGGACUUCCAUGUCCACUGUAACUUAAUACAAGUUUCUUCAUUUUUAUGGUACUCUCUUCAACUAUUUUUACAGUAUUGUUGGAGUAGCAGCACAUUGGCUUUCAAGCCAGCUUGUACAUGUAUAGUAGAACUUGUACCAUGGAAAGUAUCUUGCAGCAGAGGUUACAAUUUCUCUUGCCAUAGUGUUACCCGGCUUUCUUUUUUACUGUCUAAACAUCGAGACUGACAAUAAAAUCGACAGUUAUUGUCUUUAUCGUAGGUUUCUUUGUUUCUAUCUUUUAAAAAUGAUAAGUGGUAGUGGUGCUGUUUUUCUUUGUAGCAUGUUCAAGGGAGGGAGAGAAUUAUUGAAUCCAUUCUAUGGAAUGGUUUUCUGCAAAACAUAUUUUGGCGUCUUGUACAUUCUGCAGGGAAUGCAUUGUGGAACCACCUGUAAACAAAGACUUUGAAGGCUCAAGUGCACUGUGAAGCCUCUGAUGUCCUCUGUCAAAUUCUUCAUGUUCUUUUAUUUUUGCUUUCAUUUGGGGUUUUAAGGGUCAUGACAGUGUAACUUAUAUAUUAAAUUGAUUGUGGUGAAGUUCCUAGA